UAGAAUUUCAUCCGUAACGUAAUGAGAGCUGUCAAAUUUCAGAUAGAUGAUUAGAUAUGCCAGACAUGGAAGCUGAUGAUCGAGGAAACAGCGAUGAUUAUUAUUUGGAAUUGUCUCCUGAUCCUAUCAGGUUCGAAUCAGUCAGCUGCCUCACGAAUGUGUUUUUUGAUGACUCAAAACAGCAAGUGUUUGCUGUUCGGUCAGGAGGUGUUACAGGAGUGCUCGUUAAGGGCCCGGACCAGAACUUAAAUUUUCGGAUGGAAGACAAGGGCCCGGUAAUAUCCAUUAAGUUUUCUCCUGACAUGACUGUACUUGCAAUUCAACGCACCAACACAUCAGUUGAAUUUGUUAAUUACUCUCCUGUUACCGGAUUGGAUCAUAUCGAGUAUUCUCAGCCGUGCAAAGGGAAAAACGCCACAAUAUAUGGUUUUGUUUGGACACAUGGCACUGAGAUACUUGUAGUCACAGAUCAUGGAGUAGAAUUGUUUCAUGUUAAUCCAGAGAAACGUAAUGUUAGGGCAUUGAAGUGCUUGAGUUUAGGUGUAAAUUGGUUUGUAUUUUGCCCCAAGAGUUAUCUAGUAUUACUAUCAUCUGGGACAGUUGGCAAUCAAAUACAAGCAUUGCAUGUCACACCUGGCAAUCUGCACAAAUUAACAAAGUUUGAAAUUGAACAUAGUGUAACAAAAGCAGGAAAACUAGCUGUCUCUGAAAGAGAUGUAGCAUUGGCAGUAUUAUAUGGGACACCUUGUAUAAUUCUGUUACGGCAUCAACCAGGAGCCAAUCGAUCAAUGGGGACGGCGUUUGUAUAUGUUUAUACUGUACAAAAAAUGAUGACCAUUAAGAAAAGUCAUAUGUUGAAACUUGAUGUGAGUGGUAGAUUUGCUAUAAAUGUUGUUGAUAAUCUUAUCAUUGUUCAUCACCAAGCAUCAAAGACGUCAAUGAUAUUUGACAUCAUGCUGUCUGGUGUGAGUGAUGGAACAGUAAUGCAUCACACUAGCGUAGCUACAGCAAAACCCAUUAAGCCAUUCAAUUUGAAAGUACCAGGUACAACAUUGUCUGAUCAGAUGUAUCAGCCAUGCCAGUUAUAUUCCCCUAAUUGGGUCGUUUUCCAACCAAAUAUUAUAAUUGAUGUAAAGCUGGGUUGUUUAUGGUACAUUGAGCUCAGACUGGAAGCUUUAGUGAAAUUAAUUACGGAUAAAGUACUCCUAAUAGAAUUUUUAAUGCAGCGGUCCAAUGCCAAGCAGAUAUUAAUCCAAGUCUUGCAGAGCUUCAUGACGCAAUUACCUGUGAGCUUAAUGGAAAUGCCGACCAUAUUUGAUAAGCUUAAUUCCGUGUACAGAAAUUACUUAGAAAGCGAAAUACAAAAUCAGAUGGGAACGCCUUUGCAGAAUAACGUAAAAAACGUAACGACAGUGGCCGAAAAUUUUAAAUAUAAAUUGCUGCUCGAUCAGAGCGACAUGUACAGUCAUAUAUUAUCCAAGUUUCCUGAAAACACAAUAGAACCAAAAAUGAUAAUAUGGGUUCUGCUCGAGUAUAUCAGAUCAUUAGCUGAGCACGGAAUACCAGUGCAACAUUACUUGCACGAAUUGGUCAUCACGACGCUGGUGCAUCGAAAGGCGUAUUAUCAACUCCAUCAAUUGUUGCAGUAUCACGUAGUCGCCGAUUCGAAGCCUUUAGCCUGCUUGCUGCUUUCUCUGGAAAACUUGUAUCCGGCGGCGCAUCAGCUGGCGUUGGAUAUGCUGAAGCGACUGGGAAACGCGCACGAGGAGAUAAUUGAAGUGCUUCUAUCGAAGGGACAUAUCUUGGCUGCUCUGCGAUAUGUUCGAUCGGUUGGCAUGGUGGAUCAGGUGUCUGCGAGAAAAUUCUUAGAGGCGGCGAAAGCCGCCGACGACGCGACACUCUUUCAUUCGGUCUUUAAGUUUUUCGAGCAGCGCAACCUGAGGCUGCACAAUACCACGGCCUUCACGAGGGGCGAACAUUGUCAGCCGUAUGUGCAGCAUUUUAAAUUUCUGUUUCAAGGAAUAGACAAUGAGUGCAAUUCAGACACAAACUCAAAUAUUACCACUAUUUCCUCCUAAGAUUGUAAUACUGGUGUUCGUGUAGUGCGCGUGAGUGCGACAGGUAAUGAUUUGCUGUUUAUUUUUAUUUACUAAAAGGUUAAGAUGGAGAAUUUACGCUGUAGUUGCUUCGGCAAUUUGUAAAUUCCUAUUGUAUAAACUUAUUGUUAUUGAUUAUUUAUUAAGGAAGAAAAGGAAAUUAAGAAUA